AUGCUGUACCUUCUCGACUACGGCGCAGGCAAUGUGCGCAGUCUCGCCAACUCAAUCAACAAGCUCGGAUUCGAGUUCAAAUGGGUUCAAUCGCCCGAAGACCUGAAAAAGGCCGACAAGCUCCUCUUUCCCGGUGUAGGCGCCUUCGGUCCUGCUAUGCAGUCAAUUCGCGACAAGGGCUAUGCUGAGCCGUUGAAGGAGUAUAUCGCUUCCGGCAAGCCGUACAUGGGAAUCUGCAUCGGUCUGCAGACGCUGUUCGAAGGGUCGGACGAGGCACCUGGCGUGGAAGGUCUCGGAGUCGUUCCCGGUAUCGUGUCCAGAUUCUCAGCGUACGAGCAAGAUGGAAAGGUCAAGAAGAGCGUUCCACAGAUGGGAUGGAAUUCGGCGCAGGUGGUCAAGACGCGCAACGACGGUGGUGAUCAGGAUGCCGUCAAGUACGGAUUCCCUGAUCCCGCCUCGGGUGACAUGAGUCACUACUACUUUGUCCACUCGUACCGUGCAGCUUAUCAGCCUGACAAGCACGCCGAUUGGGUGCUGACCACCACCCAGUACGGCUCGGAAGUCUUCAUCUCCUCAAUCCAAAAGGGGAACGUCUUUGCGACUCAGUUCCACCCAGAGAAGAGUGGCCGAGCAGGUCUCGAACUCCUCCGUGCAUGGCUCAACCAACCGGGCACCAUCGACCCCAGCAAAGAACGUCUUCUCCUCGAUCCCCUCCAAGUCGCCACACCAUCACCCCAAGACGGCCUGACAAAACGUAUCGUCGCCUGCCUCGACGUACGCAGCAACGACGAUGGAGACCUCGUCGUCACCAAAGGUGAAUCCUACGACGUGCGCGAAAAAGCCGACCCUGCUACUCCCACGACACAACAAACAGAAUCUUCUCCUUCAUCAUCAAAGCGCAAAGUCCGCAACCUCGGCAAACCCGUAGACCUCGCCCUGCGAUACUACCUCGAAGGAGCCGACGAAGUCACCUUCCUCAACAUCACCUCCUUCCGUUCCUGCGCGCUGCAGGAUCAACCCAUGCUCAGCUUGCUAGAAGCUGCGGCUGCCAAGAUCUUCGUCCCGCUCACCAUCGGUGGUGGUAUCAAGGACAGUGUCGAUCCGGAUGGAACGCCACGACCUGCCAAAGAGGUUGCGGAUGCAUACUUCCGCGCGGGGGCUGACAAGGUUUCGAUCGGAUCCGAGGCGGUUUUCGCCGUGGAGGAGCUGUUCGAGCGUGCGGCGCAGAACGGUCAGGAAGGGGAGAGCAAUCCGUUGGAGUUCAACGAUGCUUGUUUGACGGGCAAGACGGGUAUUGAGACCAUCAGUAGAGGGUACGGUGCCCAGGCGGUAGUGGUAUCCAUCGACCCACGUCGUGUUUAUGUAGGCGAAGGGGAGCAGGUGGACGCAAAACACCUGCCGUGCGUAGUAGAGGGCGUCAAGGGAAGCGAAGACGAAGGCAAGAAAUGGUGGUACAGAUGUACCGUGAAAGGUGGACGCGAGGAUCGCGAUGUCGACGUCAUCCAACUCGCCCGCGGCGUUCAACGACUAGGUGCAGGCGAAGUCCUGCUCAACUCGAUCGACCGCGACGGUUCCAACAAAGGCUUCGACCGUCAACUCAUCGACCUCGUCCGUGCUAGCGUCGACAUCCCCGUCAUCGCUUCCUCCGGCGCCGGCACCGCACAGCACUUUGUCGACGUGUUCACGCAAAGCCCGGGCGCACAGGGUACGGUGGAGGCUGCUCUGGCAGCGGGCAUCUUCCACAGAAAGGAAUGCUCCAUCGACGAGGUUAAAAGCACUUUGUUGGAAGAAGGGUUCAAGGUGAGGAGGGAGGAUGUGGCUGCUGGUGCUGGGGCUAUUUCCAAGCAGUGA